ACUUGGUGUGGAGCGAGCUGUCUCGAGCAAACGUCCCAGGUUCCGAGCGCGCGCCGUGGACUGGACAGCAACAACGCCCACGAAAUUGCGUAAAUUCGACAGUCGUCGCGUUAGACACAUAUUACCCCUUUGGUGUGUCUCCAUACCGCUCCUUUCGCGAGGCAGGGGAAAGAGCGGUUUGGUUUUUCGGAGUUAAGGCGUACCCAUCAGACGUCAUGUCAAUGUUGCCCUCUUUCGGAUUCACCCAGGAGCAAGUAGCGUGUGUGUGUGAGGUGUUGCAACAAGGGGGGAACCUCGAGCGACUGGGCCGCUUCCUCUGGUCGCUGCCUGCCUGCGACCACCUCCACAAGAACGAGAGCGUCCUAAAAGCCAAGGCUGUGGUCGCUUUCCACCGGGGGAACUUCCGAGAGCUCUAUAAGAUACUAGAGAGCCACCAGUUCUCGCCGCACAAUCAUCCGAAGCUUCAGCAGCUAUGGCUCAAGGCCCACUACAUUGAGGCUGAGAAGCUGAGGGGACGGCCACUUGGAGCAGUUGGGAAAUACCGGGUGCGGAGGAAAUUUCCCUUGCCACGUACUAUCUGGGAUGGCGAGGAGACCAGCUACUGCUUUAAGGAGAAGUCCCGGGGCGUCCUGCGAGAGUGGUACACUCACAACCCGUACCCCUCUCCUCGGGAGAAACGGGAGUUGGCAGAGGCCACCGGGCUGACCACCACACAAGUCAGCAACUGGUUCAAAAACAGGAGGCAGAGAGACCGAGCAGCGGAGGCGAAAGAGAGAGAGAACAGCGAGAACAACAACUCGGGCGCCAACAAACAGAACCAGCUGUCACCGCUGGACGGCGGGAAGUCCCUUAUGUCCAGCUCGGAGGACGAGUUCUCACCCCCGCAGAGCCCCGACCAGAACAACGUUCUCCUGCUCCAGGGUAACAUGAGUCACCCCGGGGCCUCUGCUUACCCUAUGGCCGGUCUUGGCGCCGCGCAGUCGGUGCACGGAAUGCAAGGACAUCCGCAUCAACUACAGGACUCUUUGCUGGGACCUUUAACGUCGAGCCUGGUGGAUCUCGGUUCUUAAGCGAUGGCGAAGCUUUUAUUUAUUUUUUUGUUUAUUUUUUACGUAUAACAUAAACUGAGAUUUGCCACUUUUGCUGUAUAUAUAUGAAAUAUAAAAUAUAAUUCUAAAAAUUCUUAGGUUAUCUGUUGUGGACAGGCACUCACUGGUAGGCCACUCCAUAGUUAUACGUGGACUGACAUUUGCCAAGUCGUUAAACUGGUCAGAUGGCUUGAACCAAAAGCAGUUAAUAAAACUCAUGCUCUUCUGCUAUCGCA